CCCAUCUACGAAUCCUGAUCAGAAAACUGAUUCAUCUCUGAAGAGAAGCUGUGUGAAGAUGGCCAAGCUCACUGUGUGUGUCUCCAUGAUGCUGCUGCUGCUGGUGGCGCUGAGUGAAAGCAGCCCCAUGUGCUGCACAGAGUACCAAGAAAAUCGAAUCCCAGUGAAAUUCCUCAAAUACUACAAAAUCCAGGAGAUCACAGAUAACUGCAACAUCAAGGCAGUAAUUUUCAAGACGGUGAAAAACAGACUGCUGUGUGCUGAUCCUGACAAAAAGUGGGUUAAGAUCGCCAUGGAGACUGUCCCAGAAAAAGUCUGAGCAGCGUCUUCAUGUGUGGAGAUCACCUGAGGAAACCACCCGAAACACACCAAGAUACACAAGAUGACUUUAAUAUAUUAUGUCAAAGUCAAUUCAUCUAUUUU